GGGUAGUUUGUAGCUGCUUGUCAAAUUUGGAUAAAAUUUCAUUUUCGUUGUGAAGCAAGCUUUUCGUGUAGUCGGUCAUAAAAUGGGAAAAUAUUAGCUCCGUUCGUAUUGUGUCGAUUAGCAAAAACUGAAUUUGUGGUAGUGUUCAAAAUUAUACUGAAUAAUCACUGAAAAUAUAGACCAUAGGUAACAAGCUUUGAAAUUGAAUGGAAUAAAUACGAUGAAAAACAUGAAUUUCGCAAACAGUCCUUCAGAGCUCUUAAAAUUAGCAAAAAAAUUCAACUGCUUUUAUUUAACAGGUUUGCAUCAAGGUGUUUGUAAACCUUUUAUUGUUGCUGGUCAUCAAGUUGGUCUAAUCCGGCCGAACGUUCUAAAGCACCUUCAACGAUUCCCUGAGACAUUUAGAAUUACAGACCAGUUUGUGGAGUUGAACCCAGCCUUUCGUGACUACAAAGAAAGGACAACCAAUGUAGCUGAAGUAUUACAACGUUUGAAGAGGGAAAAUGAAAUAUGUGCUCUCAAAGGUUGGCGUGAUGAGUGUUUUGAAGUGAGCACACCUAUUUGUCAUGAAAGCCUGUUGGAGAUGGACAGAAGUGCAAUCUGCCUGUUCGGGAUCCGUAACUAUGGAGUUAGUGUUACUGGGUAUCUCUACCAUCCUACAAAAGGCCUGUGCAUCUGGCUACAACAGCGGAGCUUCACUAAACAGACAUGGCCUGGAAAAUGGGACUGCUUUGUUAGUGGAGGUUUAGCAGUAGGCUAUGGAAUUUUAGAAACUACAAUCAAAGAGGCAGCCGAAGAAGCCUCGGUUGAAGGUGAUCUUGUCAAGAAGCUGGUGCCAGCAGGAUGUGUCAGCUUCUAUUUUGAAAGUGAAAGGGGCUUGUUUCCCAAUACAGAGUAUGUUUAUGACCUUGAGUUGCCCUUGGACUUCAAUCCGCAAAAUGCAGAUGGUGAAGUGGAGAGUUUUGAGCUACUUACCGCAGAUGAGUGUAUUCAAAGAGCUCUGUCGCCGCAGUUUAAAACCACAAGUGCUCCAGUUUUGAUAGAUUUUUUGAUUAGAAAGGGUUACAUAAAUCCUGAGAAUGAACCUAAUUACCGAUACCUGGUGGAGUUGCUACAUGUACCUCUUCAAUCAAUCUACAACUGGCCAUACACUAUGGUAAACGCUGUUAAUGGUGACAGUCAGGUUUUAAACAAUGUUGAUUAAUUCAAAAUAAUCUUUAGGUUUUUACAAAUUGCUUCCAAUGAUUUCAAAAACUUAUAAAUUACUUUAUUCAUAUGCAAUAAAUAAAAUGAUAACCGGUGUAAUAAUA